AUGUGCCUACAAAAGAAGAGGCAGGCGCGUGAACGAGAAAAGGAAAAGGCCAGCCAAGGCACACGACACGCUCCUGCUUUCCAGUUUCGCGUUUGGCCAGGAAUCGACGCGUCGACCAGUUUAAUUGAACCCGCCCUGGCGCGGGGCAGCUCCUUCUCUGUGUUGACAACUAAAGCACUUUUUGCCCCACAUGAAGCCGCGCUGGCAGCCGCCAGGCACGCUGAGCGCUGA